GCAUAUCGACGCAAGCGAAGAGGGAGAGAGAGAGAGAUCGCCGCAGCGCCGAAAGAAGGAGGGAGAUCACCGCAGACUAGUUGGCCUGCCGGAGCACCGCCGUUCGCCACUCUCACCCGCGACCCAAGGCCGUCGUCCCCAGCCGCACCAGCAGGCCGAGAGAGAAAAAGAGAGAUCAGCGAGCGAAAACCGGGAAGCCCAGCCUCGCCACCGCCUUCUCACCUCGACGCCUCUCUGCGUUUGUCGCCCACCAUCUGCCAGUCGCCACCCUCACCCUUGUCGGAAAGAGCAGCAGCGACGACCGCCGGGAAACACUGCUUCGCCCAGGAUUCGAUCGUCGGUUAUAGUUUACUGUGUUAAGGUUUACCGGGUAGCUACCAUUUCUCCUUUCCUGUUCGCAGUGUUUUCCCCUUAUCUGAUUUGCCGAUCCGGUUACAUGAUCUGUUCCAGAAAUUUUCUCUCUGCCCUGUGCGCGGUGUACUCUCUUGAUUGAUCCAACAAUGCUAUAGUUAUUCACACUUGUUGCAAUGGCUUGGAGAAGCCUAGAGCUAUGGAGACAAGGUGGGAUUGUGUUGGGAACUAUGAUGGAUGGUUGUCGAUUCUACAGAACAAAACCUAAGGUGGUGGACUUGAAGAAGCUGAGGCCGAUGAUUCUGAAGAGGAUUGAGAACCGAGCCAAGGAUUAUCCGGUGGAGGACAUGGUCCCUGUGGCUCAGGAGGUCCUCAAGGCCAGAGCUGCACUCUAUCAUGGAGUAUCCACCCUGCUCCAACAUUUACCUUUGUGGAUAUGCAAAUACUGUCCAGAAGUGUAUGUUGGAGAAAAUGGUCAUUUAAUUCGGACUUGUGGUGGUUAUAGGCGCCGUACAAAGAAUCAACUUCAUGUAUGGAUCAAAGGAAGCUUGGAUAGUAUUCUAAUUCCUGUAGAAACGUUUCAUCUGCACAAUAUGUUUCAGAAUGUCAUCAAACACCAUGAAAGAUUUGAUUACAGUCGAAUUUCAGCUGUUCUAGAGUUGUGCUUACAGGCAGGUGCUAAUCCAAAUGAGGAAAGCAUAGACGCAAGCAAAAUGGAACAUGAAAGCAAUUUCAAAAUUGUGCCUCCAUUCGAUCAGCAAAUGAGGUUACUAGGGAAAGAAACAUUAAAUGCGUGGGAAACACUCAGAUCUGGAGUGCAUAAGCUGCUGUUGGUUUAUCCAGUAAAGGUCUGCAAACACUGCUCAGAAGUUCACGUGGGACCUUCUGGGCAUAAAGCUCGGCUUUGUGGGGUAUUUAAGUAUGAAAGUUGGCGUCGAACUCACUUCUGGGAGAAGGCAGCGGUGGAUGAUUUGGUUCCGCCAAAUAUAGUUUGGCACAGGCGACCUCAAGAUCCUCCAUUGCUACUCGAUGAAGGCCGGAACUACUAUGGGCAUGCUCCAGCUGUUGUUGAUCUGUGCACCAAGUCUGGUGCAAUUGCACCAUCCAAAUAUUUUUGCAUGAUGAAAGUCGAUGGUUUAUCAGCCCCUAUUUCGGACAAACCUUAAUGCCAUAUUGCCAUCAUCAUUUACUGGAGUCAUGUGGCGAGUUGGUUCGGAAUGUGCUAAAGAUCAUAUGUAUCCCCUUCAGAUUAUCCUACAACACAAAGGUUCCGCUCCUGCAUCGUCCAAUCAAUCUUGCAUCUUCCAAUCAAUGCAAGAAACAAACAUAAAUGUAUGUUUCACUCUUUGUUUUUGGCACUUUGUUCAUUCACACCUUCUUGCAUACGCAAUUGGAUACCUUCUUCAAUCUGAAAAUCGGCACCCAACUGAGUCAAGGUGUAGGUUUCAAGAGAUGGCAAAAGAGGAUGCACGUUGUUCUUGUUACUUUCAAAGUGGUUUAUGUGCUAAGCACUCCAAAGCCAUUGGAGGGAGAGGAUGAAUCUCUUGAGAUACUCGCAGAAGGCUGAAAUGGGAGAAUGAUGACUGUUUGUCGUGGGCACAUCUUGAAUGACAUGUCUGAUAAUCUCUUUGAUGUUUAUUAGUAUGCUGAAUCAUCCAAAGAAUUGUGGGACUCACUUGAGUCAAAAUACAUGACCGAGGAUGGUUCUAGCAAGAAGUUCUUGGUUAGUGAUUUUACUAACUACAAGAUGGUUGAGUCUAGGCCUGUUAUAGAGCAAUUCCAUGAAAUCGUUCGGAUUUUAGGCCAAAUUAGACAACACUAUCAAACUUGAUGAUACUUUUGCUAUUGCUUGGAUAAUUGACAAAUUGCCACCAAGUUCGAAAGACAUGAAACGCUCCUUAAAACAUUAGGAUGAACUCACCUUGACUCAGUUGGGUGUUGAUCUUCGGAUUGAAGAAGGUAUUCGAUUGCAUAUGCAAGGUGUGACGGAACAAAGUUCCAAAAAUACAAAUGUUCCGGUUUCUUCCAUAUGGAAGAAGGGCAAACUAGUGGAACACAAUAUGCAAAGAAAUAUCCUGGAAAAUUCUCCAAAGCAUCCAUAUUCAAAAAGCAAAAUAUGAACAAGUCAGUUGUUUGUUGGGAAUGUGGUGGUCCUCAUUUUAAAAGGCACUGUAGGGUUUGGAAGAAGAAAAAGGCUAGCAGCCAAAUACAACACAAGGGCACACAUAACAAACAAAACAAUGGUAAGGGUGUGUUGUUAGUCACUGAUUUGGAAACAACUUUUGUGGCUAUGAUUACUGAAAUCUAUGUUCUGCAGGAUGAUAAUUCUUGGUGGAUUGAUAAUGGGGUAACAAGACAUGUAUAUAAGGAUAGGCAUCAAAGUUCAAGGCAUAGGUCAAGUUGAAUUGUGUUUACUUCCGGCAAGAAAUUGAUUCUAGCGGAAGUAUUUUAUGUUCUAGUAAUAAGGAAAAAUCUUAUUUUUGAAAGUUUGCUGAAUAAAAUUGGUUUGAAAAUGAGAUUUGAAGCUGAUAAGUUUGUUCUUUCUAAAGGUGAUGUAUUUGUUGGGCUUGGCUUCCUCUGUAAUGGUAUGUUUAAACUAAACUUGAAUGAAGUUGCUUCUGCUUGUA